AAAACACAAUUUUCACCAUCCUCACUUAUCUGUGAUUAAUCCAGAAAGGAAAGAACAAAAAACAAAAACAAAAACAAAAAUACAUAAUGAGGUCCCAACUUUGGGGUCUGUAGCAUUGUUAUUAUGUGAAAAACAAACAGAACAAACAAAUUAAGAGCAUGGUUUCUCUGAGGAGAUUAAAAAGAAAGUAACUCUGCAACUGCGUGAACCCAUCCUUCAUUUUCUCCAAAAGCCUCACACCUUCUAUCCCUAUACACUUCACUGCUGCUGCUAAUGGCUUCCCUCUCCCUCCCAAACCACUCUCUUCCUUCUCUACUUCCAUCCCAAUCUCCUAAAACCCCAUCAUCAUUAUCACCUCUCUACCCCUCCAUUCUCCCCAAAUCAUCAUCACAUUCUCAAUUCUAUGGUCACAAACUCUCCUAUGCCUCCUCUCUAUCAUUCCCAUCUUCUGCUUCUUCACUCAAGACUUCCAUUUUUGCCAAGGUAAACAAAGGUGGGGUGCCUCCAAACUUUUCACUGAAAGAUCAAGAUGGAAGGAAUGUGAGUCUCUCCAAAUUCAAAGGAAAACCUGUGGUUGUCUACUUCUACCCUGCUGAUGAAACUCCUGGUUGCACCAAACAGGCGUGUGCUUUCAGGGACUCUUAUGAAAAGUUCAAGAAAGCAGGAGCUGAGGUUAUUGGAAUCAGUGGUGACGACCCCUCAUCGCACAAGGCUUUUGCGAAGAAAUACAGACUUCCGUUCACAUUGCUCUGCGAUGAGGGUAACAAGAUCAGAAAAGAGUGGGGCGUACCAUCGGAUCUGUUUGGAACAUUGCCCGGAAGACAGACCUACGUUCUUGACAAGAAUGGGGUGGUUCAACUUGUCUACAACAACCAGUUCCAACCCGAAAAGCACAUCGAUGAAACCUUGAAGUUACUUCAAAGUCUUUAAACCUUUCUUAAUUUGAACUUGUCUUACUUCCUCCUCCCCCCUUCACUCUCUUUCUCUGCGAGUUAUUCUUAUUUUCUUGAAUUUAGAUAAUCGAUUUCUUGAUUUCUCUUAUGAGUUUGGGCCUUGUGAGUCGUGUAUAUGUUAUGUGCAACCAUUGCAGUUAUUAGUUGAAUCAGGGCCUUUCCCUUACAAAAUUCAUGAAAAGGGGAUGAUUCUGCUCUAUGCCACCUGA